AUGCAGUUGAAAGACGAAGUCCAACGUCGUGUCGUCCGCACGGACCACCUCGCGAAACAAUACAUCCCUGCAGCACUUUCUCGAUUUGGAAACACGCAUAUAUACGUAUCUUCUUCGAUGGACCUGACAGAGAUCCGCGACAUACCCAAGGCUGGCCGCGGAGUGAUUGCCACACAGCCCAUUCCCUCAGGCACGGUGAUCCUUCAAAGUGGCUCUCCGGCCUACCACGUCAUAUUCGCAAAAUACCGCAAAGAAACGUGUGCAUGGUGCUUCCUGUGGGAUCGAGGGAGGGCGUUGCCUGUUCGCGAUGGUGAGACGAGCAAGGUGUUUUGUAGUGGACAGUGUCAGAGCAGGUGGUGUGAGGAACAAGGUGAUGUUGGGAUUGAGGCGUGGAAGUCGGUGGCGGCGUUUGUGAAGUCGAAGGCGAAGGGAGCGAGCGACGAUGAGAAUAUGGCGGAGGGUGGAAGACCCAGUCCAGACGCUAUCAACGAUGCGUGGAGACAAGCCGAGGAAAGUGGCGAGAUCAUUCGGCGGAGUCGCCAGAACGAAGCAGAAGGCUCUCAGCCCACAAAAGCAGACAGGAAACGAGUACAAGCGAUCCUAAGAAGUUGCACGGUACUCGUCGACGCCGACAUGCUCUCCUACCUACUCUGCGGCGUCCUCCUCCAUCACAGCCAUUCGCCUCUCGUCGACGAGAUCCACCGCCUCGCAAUGGACGACCAGCCAUACCCAACAUCCUACGCCCUCGACCUCGCCUGCGCCACCUACAUACAACUCCUCUCUAUCCUGCCCCCAUCCCUCCUCCCAAUCCUCACGCCAAAGCUCUGCCUCACAAUGGUCCGCGCCGACAACCAUAACGCCUUCGGCAUCCGCGGUGGUGGCGAGGACAGCGAGGAAUACAUGGGCUGGGCAGUCUACCCGUCCGCGAGCUACUUCAAUCACUCCUGCAGUCCCAACUUGGCGAAGCGAAGGGUCGGCAGGGAGUGGGAGUUCACCACCGCGAGAGAUGUCGAUGCAGGGGAGGAGUGCUGUAUUACGUAUCUUGGCGGGGAUGAGAAGGGCAUGGAUCGGGCGGAGCGGCAGAGGCGGUUGAAGGAAGUCUGGGGUUUUGAUUGUGGGUGCGAGAGGUGUCGGGAUGAAACGGUGACUUGA